AUGGGAAAUGUACCUACAAAAGACGUGAGUGCUACGGGCAGUGGAUCGAAUUCACGAUCCAGAUCAGCCUCUACAGCAACUGCCGAAUCUUCGACGACAACCGCUUCUAGUUCGAGACGGACUAGGUUAUCAUCGACCAGCUCCCGGUCUACUGUACGUGAUGAAACGUCUGGUUUCGGCACCUCAGUGACUGGUUUAAGUCGUAAGAGCGGAAAGAAGAAAGAAAAGUCUAGUGCCAGUGAUGCCCCACUGGUGUCGGAUGUAUCGGAAAUGGUUGAUGGAGGUUACCUAGUUCCACAAGGUGUAUAUUCCGGACCACAAGAUUUCAAAGCCAAAGUGGUUCGCAAUUUGAUUAUCGAACGUAGAUUGGCUCCAUUCUACAAAGGAAUCGAAGAUUACGAUGAUACAUGGACUGACCGACAGUUGUUAGCAGCAGUGAGAAAUUUACCUAUUCCACCAGCUACAGAUCCAGUAGUGUCACCUACAACAUCAUCAGAUCAGGCUGAACCUGUUGAGGAACCUGAUCGUAAAAAGAAAGAGAAAGAAGCUGAUACACCUGUCGAUCCAGCCACUGAAACCGAUGAGUCGGCAGAGCAAGGAUAUGAAAGUGAAAAUGCAUUAAAGUGGGUGUCUUCUUCCCUACCAAAUGCUGUUGGUGGAAGUUUUUUGCAAGCUAGGAAUUCUGAUGAUGGAGGAAGCAGCGGCAGGUUAGCUGGUUUUGAGUCGAAUCCCUCGAUUCGGAGUUCUAGCAGCAGGAGUAGUGAUCCUGAUGAUGGUAUACUAAGUCCACCUAGUAAUGGUAAGCAAAAGCAGCCAAUGACACCACCACUUGCAGCUUCUGCCGAAGAAGAUGAGACUAUCCCAUUUCCAUCAUCACCAGCUUCUUCAUCAUCUGGUGCCAUGAGAAUCAUCGAGUUUAAGACCGAAACAAUGCAUAUUGAAGAUACCGCUACAGGAACAAAUAGCAUAAGCACCAAUGCCAGUGCACGAAUUACAUCUGGAGGGGGCAUCAGCAUCGAGACGAGGCCUAGAGAAGGGUCUGCUAAGCUGGGCCCUCCAAUUCUAUUACCACGUAACAGAGCAAACACUACUUCAAGAUAUGGACCUGGCCCUACUAGUUCUUCAAUGAAACCAGCACCACCACCUAUGGAAGUUAUUUUGUAUCGUGGGGCUAUUGAAUGUCCUAUUUGCUUCUUGAAUUAUCCGAAAUAUCUCAACACCACGCGUUGUUGUACGCAACCAAUUUGCUCAGAGUGUUUUGUACAAAUCAAGCGACCUGAUCCCCAUCCUCCAUACCAUGAGAAUAACGGAUCAGGUCCAUCUACAGCACCAGCCACUGAUAAUCCAGAAGAAGCACUUGUUUCCGAGCCAGCCUGUUGCCCAUUUUGUCAAAUGCCUGAGUUCGGUGUUGUGUACAUUCCUAGUCCACAUAGAUCCGGAAUACCUGCCAGCAGUCUCACAUCAUCUUUAAGAGCUCAUCUAUCAUCGUCUCUAUCAGGAGUGUUUUCAAGCCAUCAUCAUACACCAGUCUCAUCAUCCGCAGCAAGCAUUGUGAGCAUGUCAACUAGUAAUAGUGCCACAGGAACUCCUCGUAGACGUGGAUCUUUACCUCCAAACGCUCCAGAGGUAGUCACAACAGACCAUGUUCGACCUGAUUGGGCCAUGAAGCUAAGUAGAGCAAGACAUCAGCUCGCUCGUAAAUCGGCUGCGGCAAACGCGCUUCAUGCAUCUGCUUUCUUAUUUGAAGGCAAUGAAGGGGCGGCAUCAUCAUCGUCAAGCCAUUCUCGCCGCCAUGACAAGAAAAAGAAGUCGUCAUCCAGGCUACGGGGUCUUUCAAGCCCCUCAUCUCCAGCAUCCAUUCUCGGAUCCUCGUCCAGCGGAAGCGGAAGCAGUCGUCGCCAUACUACAUCGUCGCCUUCCUCAGGUACUUCAUUUCCAGUGCCAAGUCGUACAAGGAUAAGAGACCUUGAGGACAUGAUGAUUGUAGAAGCGAUUCGUCGCUCGCUGACGGACGAGCGAUCGGGUUCGCCCUCUGGCGAGUCACCCAAAGCCCCUGCAUCUCAAUCGUCCCAAGAGGUUAAAAAGGACGAGAUCACCACUCAGUAG